AUGGAUGUUUUUUCUUUUGUUAAAGAUCAUCUUGAGAAGAUGUCAUCAGGAGAGUUUGUUCAAGAAGCAACUGAUGGUCUUGAUCUAGAAUUAAUUCAAAAUUCUCAAGCAGAAGUCGCAGAAAUUUUAAUGAACAUUAUUUUCUCUAACGAAGCAGAAUUACUUCGCAAACACGCUUUAUUUUACGUACAAUAUCUUAUCAGAAGUCAAUGGGAGAAUAUCAAUGAAAACAUUCGAAAUUUUAUAAAAUCUUCAUUUUUAGAACAUUAUCAAUUAAAAGUUGAUCCUGAAAUCAUGAAGAAUGUCCCAGAAUUUUCAAAGCGUCUUAUUUAUGCUUCUUUUACUAACGAAGGUUGGCCAGAAUUUUUUGAUGCAAUACAAUUAUUUUUAAAUACAGAAGAAUUAGCAAUAAAAGGUCUUAUCAUUGCAAGAUCAUACAUUUUAAAUGAUACUAAUCCUGAGUUUGUUGAAUAUUUGAUAAAAUAUUUAUUAUCCUUACAGACAGACAAUUUACAAAUUAUACAAUUAGCAAUAGACCUUUUUUCAGACAUAUUAGAUAAGAAUCAAGAGCUUGCAUUAUUAGAAAUGGGAAAUUUUUACAAUAAUUUCAUUAAAAUUCACUAUGAAUCGCUUUCAAGGAAUGAAAUAUCAAGCGUUCUAAGAUUUAUGAUUAUUUUGACAGCAAAAUCUACAGAGUUUUCAUCAGAAAUUGCUGAAUAUGUCUUUUCUUACAUUUUUGGCGACGAAUGGUCCCAAUUUUCACAAGAUUUUAAGUGCAGACUACUUAAUAUAUAUAGUAAUCUUCUUAACAAUGCUGAUUUAGCUUUACAAAUCAUUGAUAUUGAAAGAUUACUUAAUUUAGCUUUAUUAGAGUUCAAUGUUACUCCCGAGAUGUUCAAUGGUGAUCCUUGUGAGUUUGUUAACAAUGUUGAUGAAAUUGGACCUGAUUUUGAAACAACAAAAUUAUCAAUCCAUUCUCUUAUCAAAAAGAUCACAAAACUGUACUGCGAUGGAGAUGUGAUUAAGAAUUUAUAUGAUAUAAUGUUAUCGCAGGCAGAAAAUUAUCCUUUAUUUACAAUUUUACAAAUUUUGUCUCAAAUUGAGCCAACUAAAAUCAUUCCAAGCUACUACAUUGAUAUAUUUAAAUCAUACUCUAGUAGCGAUGACUUCACAAUUCAUGCCGCAGUCUACAUGUUCAUCUCAUCUUCAAAUGAUUUGAAACUUCCAAUCGAAAUGUGCAUGGAAAUGUAUAAAGCAAUGCAAGAAGACGAGUCUAGGCUUGUACAAUACUACGCAGCCAUUUGUGCUUCGAAAUACUUGUUCAAAACAGAAGAAUUUAAAUCACAAGUAGACUACAAUGAUUUUAUUUUCUUGUUUGGUCAGAUGUCCGACCUCGGUUCUGAAUUUGGAAGUCAAGAUAUCUUGGAAUCCCUUUACUAUUUAGUGGAAUCUUGUGGAAUGAACAGUAAUAUGCCUUGUAAUAUCAUUGAUCUCGGGUUUUAUUUCUUGAAUUCUAUUGAUGUAAGCAAAUUUAACGUAAAUGAGGCAAUUCCAUUUUUCUCUUUCCAAACGAUUAUUAAGGCUUCAUCCAAGUUUGAAGGAGAAGAAGAUAUUGCUAAAAUGCAAGAGUUUGCUUUGAAAUUAUUAUCUGUCGCCCAAGAUUUAGCAGCAGUUGAGGCCAAUGGCAAUCAAUUUGAAGAGCUUAUAACUACUUUGUUGUUGUUAGAUGCUUUUUAUGAUGUAAUUUAUUAUACAAACUAUUCAAAUAUAUUUUGGGAAGUAAUUGAUGCUAUUUUGGACUUUGCUAAGUAUAAAUCAGCACUUGAGAAUGUAUGUAAGAUUCUUGAAUGCAUGAUCUUUAAAGCAAACGAAGCUUUCCAGGAUUAUACUCAAAAAAUCUAUGUUUUCAUUUUAAGCACUUUGAAUGAAGACACAAUUCAAAGUAUGGCUCCACUUUUGACUGCUUUCUUAAUGAAAGUUCCUGAUUCUUUGAAUCCAAAUGAAAUUGCUGAAAUUAUUUUAGGAAAUGAAAUAAAUAUUAGCUCAGAUUUGGCAAAAGCAAUUUCUCUGCAAAUAAAUGAUGAUGAAAUCAAAGCUAAGUUGUUAGAAUUAAGUGCAUUUGAUAUGGAUGAAGAUUUUGAAGAUGAUGACAUGGAAUCUGAUCACCACAUCAAAUGGUUUAGCGAAGAGUAA